UGUUAUGUAUUCAUUUUAAAGACGCAACCUAAACUCAUUUUAUAUGUAUGUACAUACAUAUUUAUAUGUGCUAGCGGUGCAACUUUUUUUCACCAAACAUAUAAAAACGCAAAACCUAAUAAAGGCUACACAGAACUAGACACCAAACCAUGCCGUCAUGGCAUUCCGUCGCUUUGGUAAAUCCCUGCUUUAUGGCUUGCCGCUAGGCAUCACGUUCCUCGAUUGCGUCGGAUAUGUGGCUAGAGUUGACGGCACUUCUAUGCAACCCGCACUUAAUCCCGUGGCAGAGGAACGCGACUACGUAUUUCUUUUGCGCUGGGGCAUCCACAACAGUGCUGUGGAACGUGGCGAUAUAAUCUCACUAAUCUCCCCCAAGGACCCCAGUCAAAAGAUUAUCAAACGCGUGGUGGGAAUGCAAGGCGAUGUCGUCUCCACUCUUGGCUACAAGCACGAGAUUGUGCGCGUACCAGAUGGCCACUGUUGGGUCGAGGGUGAUCACACGGGCUACUCUCUGGACAGCAACACCUUCGGUCCAGUUGCAUUGGGUCUGAUGUCCGCCCGAGCGGUGGCCAUCGUUUGGCCACCAGAACGUUGGAGGAUAUUGAAGAAUGAGCUUCCGCGACGAAGGCGACCGGUGCAGGUGGCUAAGGCCAAUUACUACAACUAGGCACAAGACUGAAGAAAGAGACAAAGCUGUUGGUAGCCGCUAAGUAGCCACAUACACAUACUGUUUGUACAUAUAUAUAUUUUAUUAUCGGUUUUGUGUUCAAUUGGUAUCGUUCCUUUACGCAAAAAUAAUGUUUCAAAAUUUUUAAUGCU